AUGGUGGUGGGGUGGGAGGAAAGAGCGUCAGCCGAUGGUGGGAGGGGCAUGGGAGGGGAGGUGCGCGGGGGAGGUGUGUGUCAUUCAGGCCUCCCCCCCCCCAACCCAGCCUGCUCAUACGAGCAUGGGAAAAGGAAUGUGCCCGCCAUUCUAAAAGUCACAGAGCGAGCACGUUGGAGUGCGUUCCUCUGCGUGCCAUGGCAUGGCAAGUCACUAUAG